AUGUUGACUUUAACCUUGGCGGAGCUGCUAUUUGGGGAGUCUGUUGUAAGGGGAGUCGUUUUCAUUCACGCAAGCCAUUGCUACAGACGUCCCUUUCGUUUUCAUUCACGUAAGGCUCUCUGCGCUGUUACGAAUCGCUGCGUGACGAUAACGCGCACAAUCGAGUAUAUCAGUAGCAUUGACGAUUCGAAGGAUUUGUGGAAGGUUGUUGUUAGAUGUAAGCAUCUGUGGUCUGUUACCAGUUCUCAGAAUAGAGAGCACUUAGAGCUUAUUCUGUUUGAUUCAAAGUUGGAUUUGAUUCAAGCCAUUGUGCCAUCUUAUUUGAUAUCAAAAUUCAAAACACAGCUUGAACUUGGUUGUUCCUACAUAAUGCAGAAUUUCAAAGUUUCCAGCAAUGAUUUCUCCUUCAAAUCCACUGAUUAUAAGUUCAAAUUGAUUUUCUGUGGUUCAACUUCCGUCAAAAAGGUCCAACUUGCUGACAUACCUCUGAACCACCUCAAGUUAAUUGGAAUAAAUGCUAUUAUUGAGGGUAAAUACAGAACGAAUUUGUUAUAUGAUAUAAUUGGUGGGGUUGUGUUUUCAUUAACUGAUCUGAGCAAACAUCAUGUGCAAUGUACUCUUUGGGGUAAAUUAGCUGUGCAACUGAAUGAGUAUUAUACGACUCAUAAGGCUGAUGGUAGUAUUGUUCUCCUACUUAUGAAUGCAAGGAUCAAGGAACCUCAAGGAAAUUAUCCUUUAAAUGUAUCAAAUGCUUGGAACGGCACAAAACUGCUCAUCAAUGAUUUGUCUAUUGAGGAGGUUAAAAACCUUAAAGAGAAACUUAAAGAUGAUCUGCCGACGCUCUCAUCCUCGAGCAUGCAAAUGGAAACCACAAAUACCUCUGUUUUUUCUGAUUUGGACAAAUUUGUAUGGAAAGCUGAAGUGUUGAGUCUGUCUGAUAUUGCAUAUCUGCAGACUGAAACUACAUGUGUGACUGUUGCGACUCUGGAGAAGUUUGAAUGUGGGCAGUCAGGAUGGUAUUAUGAUGGAUGUAGUGAAUGUACCAAAAGUGUGACUUUGAAGGAUGGAAAAUUCAUGUGUUAUUCCAAACACAUCAGUUCUGAGCCAGUCCCAAGAUUUAAGCUUGAAGUGCUUGCCUCCGAUGGAAAGUUAAAAUACAAGUUCGUAUUUUGGGAUGUAGAUUGUGUAAAGUUGAUUGGGAAGUCCGCCCUUCAGAUGAAGUUCGAUUUGAUGGAGACUGGAGAUUUUGAUCCCCUUGAAUUCCCUUAUGAACUUGAUGUGAUGCUGAAGAAGGAGUUGGCUAUAAGAGCAGUGUUUCAACCAAACAAGGCCAGUCUUUCUGUAAUCGGAUUUAAGGCAGAUGAAGUGCUACGUACCAAAAUAAAGGAGAGGUUUAAAUGUGAAGAGCACACUUCAAAGAUUGUCGUCUCAACAGAUGACACUCGGGAUGAUAUGCAUACAGCAUCGUGUACUCCGACCAUCACCACCUCGGAAAAACAGUCUCAUGAUGAUCCACAAACAGUUUCAGAUCCGUUAUCAAUCACUGCAGAUUAUGACCCUUCAGUUGCCAACUCUGCACUUACACCGUCAAAAAGAUCUAUUCCUGAGACAGUUGAAGAACUCGACAGUGCCCAACUAUCGUCCACCAAGAUAAUAAGGGACAUCAAGCUGGAGAAAUGA